UAACUAGCUUUCACUUCUUUCUAACAAUUGCUUUGAGCCAUAUCUAUUUUAAAUACCGGGAUAACGAGUCCGUAGCGUUAAGCUGCAUUUGCUGUUAAUUAGUUUGAAUCCAUUCUUUAUAAGCUCUGUUGACCUUGACAAGGAACCGGAAGGUUCCGCUGAGUCUACCCAGCCAAGUAUGAGCCAGCCUACAAACACCAGUAGAGAUGCUUCCGGUGUCACCCAAGCAGCCCCCCAGACCGACGUCAAACUGGCGGCCACCGCAGGCAAGAAACAGAACAAGAAGAAGGUCGAGGAGGUAGUUGAGGAAGAGGAGGAAGAGUAUGUGGUGGAGAAGGUUCUAGAUCGACGAGUCGUGAAGGGAAGGGUGGAGUACCUCCUGAAAUGGAAAGGUUUUUCAGACGAGGAUAACACGUGGGAACCAGAGGACAACCUAGACUGUCCCGACCUGAUAGCGGAGUUUCUCCAGUCUCAGAAGGCGGCCAAAGAGGGCGAAAAGAAAGAGUCCGCCGGGAAGAGGAAAGCGGGCGAAUCCGACACAGAAGCAGGGGGCGACGACAGCAGACCCAAAAAAAGGAAAGAUGAGCCAGAGAAACCUCGGGGAUUUGCGCGAGGACUGGAUCCAGAGCGGAUUAUUGGAGCUACAGACUCCAGUGGAGAACUCAUGUUUCUGAUGAAAUGGAAAAAUUCAGAUGAGGCAGAUCUUGUACCAGCCAAGGAAGCAAACGUGAAAUGCCCGCAAGUGGUGAUCUCCUUCUACGAGGAACGACUAACGUGGCACUCGUACCCUACUGAAGAGGAAGAGAAGAAAGAUGACAAGAACUAACACGGGGGGCAAAGAGGAGGCCUGGGGCGGGGGAAGGAGGGCAGAGUUGGGUAAGGGUAGGGGCUGGAGGGUGACGCUCGGGAUGGGAAUUAAGGAGGGGUG